CCAUCAAAGUUGAAUUACCUUUUCAACCACACUUGAUCACCACUGUGCUACAGUAGGCUAUUGGCAACAACAAAAAUGAUGAUCAGCAGAGAGAGCUCCCAGCAGAUCCGUGUGAUGCGAGGAAGCGGAAAAACAACACAGGAGAUAAGGGAAAGUUUGGCAUGCCGGGGCAUCAACGUUUCACUGAGAGCUGUCAGGAAACACUACAAGGAGAAACCACCCCGACGCCUGUGUCCUAGAAAAAUGCAGAACAAUAUCCUUACUGCUAUCAACGACAUGACCAAGACCAACGACGAAAUGAUCGCCCGAGCUGUACAGCAGAAAAUCGAGGCAGAUUUUGGUGUUCAAGUGAGCCUGACGAGUAUACGCCGCGCUCGCGGGAGGUUGGGAUGGACAUUCAGCAAGACCCGUUUCUGCCCAAUGCUAAAGAAGCGCAACAAAGAUGCAAGGCUGCAGCAAGCUUCUCAGUGGAAGGCGUCUGGGGAGACUUGGCAUAAUGUACUUUUCACGGACGGUGGUUGCACUGGUUUCCACAGAAAGGAUCACUUUGUUGCCAAACCGCAACCAUAACACCUGUUGAAGCUUCAUGUAUGGGGAAUGAUUUCCCGGCGAGGAGCAGGUCCGAUGGUCAUCUUCGAUGGAAUAAUGGACAGGACCUACUUUGAGGAGUCCAUCAUUAAAGAAUUCGCCGCACCAUACAUCAGGAAAUAUUUUGGGUCGGAUCAUCGCUUUUUCCAAGACAAUGAUCCAAAGCACACAGCUGCUGCAGCUUGCAUUGCAUCUGAGGGCAUCAACUGGGUGAAAACUCCAGCGGAGUCACCGGACUUAAAUCCAAUUGAGCUCAUUUGGCACUCCAUGAAAGACUACAUCCACAAAGAGGCAAAGCCAGGCACAAAACAGGAGCUUGUCCAGGCCAUACAGGUGUUUUGGAGGACAAGAUUGACAGAGAAGUUCUGCAACAGACUUAUUAGUGGUUUAGCUAAAGUCACUAGUCUGAUUAUCAGGAACAACGGAGGGCAUAGUGGAAAAUGAUACACCAUUUG